AUGAUCAUAUCUUUGCUUUCCCCUCUAAUCGUUUUAUUUUUUCAUUCAACUUCAUCCGAAUUAGUCAUCAAUUUUAAUGCCACAUAUGAGUCAAAUGUUACGGAUGAGGAUGAAAUUCAUAUAUCACGACGAUUACGUCGUGAGCCAGCCGUAUGGGGUGAGCCGGCACCAGAUUACAGCGGCGUUCAACUGAAUGAUUAUAUACAUUUCCUCAACGCUCUCAUUUUCGUUGAUUCUAAGAUUACUAAUCAUUAUGGCUUCAAUAUGGAUAAUAUGAAGAGAGAUGUGAUGAAAUUGGUUGAAGAAGCUAAUAAUUAUUUUUAUCAAAUAAAUGUUCGAAUAAUUGUAGUGGAUAUAUUGCAAACAUAUCGUAAUAAUCUCAGCUUGUAUUCUUUUGAGGAAUACAGAAAUCGAAGAAUAUCAAAAUUACCGACUCAUGAUUUUGCUGCCUUAAUUUCAUAUCGUUAUGCCGGUGGAUUAGCAUUUGUUAAUGGCAUGUGUACUUCAAAAGCCGUUUUAUUGUGCGGGUUUUAUCCACAUAGUCCAUUUGCAAUGGGCGGAAUAUUUUUCCACGAAGUAGCACAUCUUCUUGGCGUACCGCAUCGUAAUGCAACUAAUUAUAUCGAUAUACCUAACUGUUAUUGUCCGAUGAUUCGAAAUGUUACUGUUUCUGGAUGUCUUAAAAUACCAGGUUACGAUCAUGAUUGCACGUUACAACAGAUGGUGAAUAUGUUGGAAAAUAAUCGUUGUCUGAGGCAUGUUAAGGUUACCAAUUUCUUCUUUACGCAGCAUAGGGUUGAAAAAUCAUUGCCACUUUGUGGUAAUGGCGUUAUCGAAGGUAAGGAGGAAUGCGAUUGCGGUUUGCACAAACUGUGCCACAAUUGGAAUUGCCGCGCCGAUGAAUGCCUGCAGAUUGUGAAAACUUGGCAAUUGUACAUUUGUGGUUGGAUAGCUAUUGUGUUUAUUGUCACAGCAAUUGUUUUCUGCGUUGCUCGGCGAUAUUUCUGCUCAUUAACAAACUAUAGCUGUGUUGUAUGCAAUCUUCUACAACUUCUUUCAAGGCUUAAAUCAGUAAUCCGUCCAAAAAGUAGGCAUUUUUGGCAUCACACUGCCGGUAACUACGCGCAAUCAUUACAUUAUCCCGAUAACGAUAUUAUGACACCCAAGCACCAUUUCAUUGGAAUACCUUAUAAGCUGGAUUCAAGCAGCGUAACAGUAUUAAUUGCACCAUCCAACGAUAAGGAAUGCCUCAUACGAAAGCAGAAGAUAAUGCGGCCGACACAACCUCCACCACCACCCCCGUCAUUUUCACCUCGGAGCACUCUUGACAAAGUAAAACCGUCGAUAAAUAUCUUGUCAUCUCCUUUGAAACAACCGCCACCAUUACCGGUAAAACCGCCCAACUCAUCUCUUAAAAUGAUUAUAACCGGUAGCAGUGACAUCUAUGAAAUGCCUAAUACGACAAGGAAGAGAUUAUCAUCAUUUGUUCGAUUCAAUACAGUGAAUUAUUCGCAGUCGUCGGGGCAUUAUACGGAUCAUUAUGAUAGUAUAUCACGAAAAUUCGACGAUGAUUUUGAUGAAGAUUUCGUUGAUGACGGAUUGCUUUCUGGAUCACAGGACGAUGGGGAACAACAGCAACCGAUACACUAUGCAGUGAUAGUUCCCGUAAAGGAAUGUUUACCCAUACAAGAAGAAAAAAGCGUGAAAUCAAUUCCACUGCAUCAUUGGGAACACAUAACCAGAUUAUCUGCACGCGAGGAAUCAUUCUCAUCCAGUGAAUCUAGAAGUCAGCUCUAUCCUUCGGAUGAUACGGUAAGCACUGGGCUAAGCGAAGAAGAGGAUCGCUUUAUUUCUGUUACCGAUAUUGUACGCAAGUUUAAUGGUGGAAAAUGUUAA